AUGAAAAAGCAGAUUGUUGGAAUAUUUGGAACAUGGGACCUGAAUUUCUGGAGUCGACCAGAAGAUGUUUUUCGAGAAAAACUUGAGGAGAAUCACAUUCACCCAUUCACGGAGACGGGACCAAAUCGCUUUGAAUACGAGUAUCGUUCUCGGUGGUUUUCAAUAUUCCUCAUUGCAAUUAUUCUCGAGGUCCUCGGUGUCUCAAUGUGGUAUGCCUGGGGAAACCCCUCGCAAUUCAUCUCUUUCGCGGUAGUAUUCUUUAUCAUCAGCAUCCAUCGUAUUCACGCCCAUAAGGACAUGGUUAAAAUCAUCAUCGAUUUGCACAAGGGAGAAUACUACCUCAUGAAGAAGGGUGAACUAACAUACAGAGGCUUGCUACACAAUAUUUACAUCAGACUGAUUGGUCAAAAUAGUGGAUCUGGUGAAAUUUUCUUUAAAAUUGUUUUGAACGGUCACGACCUUGCGCCCCAAGAUUUAACCUCAUCAACUGUUCGAAAAGACAAGCUAGAAAAAUUGGGCCGUCGAUUGGCAAAUCGUCUAGGAAUAAAUUACUUUGACUGGACAGACAAAUCUACACAUCAUAUCCUUUUUACACUCAUGUAUUAA